CCCUCGGCCCCCACCGUAGUUUGAUUGAAGCACGGUAACUCCGUAGCCACAAGCUGGAACAAAUAUUGAUGGGAAAUGGAGAAAGAAAAGAGUAUUUAGAUUGGUAAAGUUAGCUUCAAAGCCCUGGCAGAUGGUUUUUGUAGUAAGACCAAAGUUAUUUGUAUCUACUGUUGCUGUGUUUGACUUAUCACGGAUUACAUGGCCUGCCAGAGACUGGAGCAGUGCAGCCUGCAAUGAAGUGGCCUGGGAGCUGAAAAAACAGUGAGGUGGACCAGAGCCCCAGCAGGGAUGAACGUGUCUGCCAGGUCCUACCAAGAGGAGGUGUUCCUGGGUAACACCACUCUGGCUUACCUCCCCAACUCCAGCCUGCCUUCAGACAAGAGCGGCACCAUGAAACCUGCAUCUUGUGAGCAAGUCCACAUUGCAGUGGAGCUCUUUCUGAUUCUGGGGAUCAUCUCCCUGCUAGAGAACAUCCUGGUCAUCACAGCCAUUGUUAAGAACAAGAACCUUCAUUCGCCGAUGUACUUCUUUGUCUGCAGUUUGGCUGUAGCUGACAUGCUAGUGAGCGUGUCCAACGCCUGGGAAACGGUGGUGAUUUACCUGCUCAACAACAAACAGCUGGUGGUGGAGGAGCACUUCAUCCGACACAUGGACAACGUGUUUGACUCCAUGAUCUGCAUCUCUGUGGUUGCAUCCAUGUGCAGUCUGGUGGCCAUUGCUGUGGACAGGUACAUCACCAUCUUCUACGCACUGAGGUACCACAACAUCAUGACAGUGAGGCGAGCUGGCUGCAUCAUCGGGGGGAUCUGGACCUUCUGCACGGGCUGCGGGAUCAUCUUCAUCAUCUACUCGGACACCACCUCUGUCAUCAUCUGCCUGGUGGCCAUGUUCUUCAGCAUGCUUCUCAUCAUGGCCUCCCUUUACAGUCACAUGUUCAUGCUGGCACGCUCACACGUCAAGCGCAUCGCAGCCCUGCCCGGCCACAGCAGCGUCCACCAGCGGACCAGCAUGAAGGGCGCCAUCACCCUCACCAUUCUCCUGGGCAUCUUCAUCAUCUGCUGGGCUCCCUUCUUCCUCCACCUCAUCCUCAUGAUAUCCUGCCCAAAGAACGUCUACUGCUUGUGCUUCAUGUCCCACUUCAACCUGUACCUCAUCCUCAUCAUGUGCAACUCCGUCAUCGACCCGCUCAUUUAUGCCUUCAGGAGCCAGGAGAUGCGCAAAACUUUCAAGGAGCUCUUGUGUUGUUUCAACCUCCGGACCUGCUACACCAACAUCUGCACUCUGAUCGCUGAGUGGUCAGCGUCAGAGUCCAGUAGUUGACCGGCAUUGGAGAUUGUAUACAUACGGUACGUACUUAGAUGCAGUAAACUGUGCAGGUACUGAUAUUAAAUCAUAUUAUGAUAUCAUAGAAAACUGUUGGACUGUUCUAAGUGAUACAUGAUUUAUCUGGUUCCUCUAUCCUCCACUGAAUCGGUGUCGUUUGCUUGCUGUGAGGCUCUCAGCGAGGGAUGCUCCCAUCAUUGUUUUAUGCUGCCAAGUGAAUGAAAUCCCUUUUCCGACUGAGACUGAACCAUGGCCUCUGAUUUGAAGGUGUUGAGUAUCAUUCCAGAAGCUUCACACUCAGAUGCAAACCGUCAAACCGGUACACCACUGGACAACAUCUGCCGCAGUUCAGAUCGGUGGCAACUUCUUAUUGGCCGCGUCUGCACAAUCUGAAAUGUGUAAAAAGAGCCGGGCAGGGAGAGAAGGGGCUUUUUGCAGCUGUGCUGUUCUAAGACCCGCUUACUAGUAGGCCGACAGGGACUGUUAUAAGCCCGGAUGUCUGUAUUAGGUUUGUGGUGUCAGGAAUAAA